AUGUUGGUGGAACCGACGAAUACUUCAAUAGUUUUACUCAACGAAAUCAAUAAGCGUAUCUUGGAAAACAAAUCAGUUUAUGAUCAGGAUAUUCUCAACGAGUUAUGCUCUAUACAAUAUCACGGCGUAGUUUGUCGAAACUUCGAAUACAAGAAGUCGCAGAUGGGAAAUGGUGAGCCGUACUACCUCAGCGAUAAGGACCACAGUCUUAUGCGGCCCUACAUAGUUAAUAACAACUUCUAUGUUGGAUAUGAAAAACAAGGAGGCUCGCCAGGGCAAUAA